UCCUCCACCACCACUACCCUCUCUCCUCGCCGUCCUCGCCAGCACCACGCUGAGGUAAUGUCUAUCACGAGUACCAUUCGCCAACAGUAGCGACCCACAUGGUUUCGGGCACCAUGCCAGCCCCUCUCAUAUCACCACCACCGCCACAUGCCACUCCGGCACAAGGGAGCAGUAGACCGUCGACAUCGCAUCGAAGCAGCACCAAUGUCUCGCAGGCGAGACCCCAUGCCACGCCCAAGCAGUCGAGCGUCGGCGGAAAUGGAAGCGGAGUUCUUCGCAGCGCGAAGGUCAGAGGCAGUUCCGAUAAGGAAAAUGGAGGCGAGAAGAGCGCGCCUGCCAGGUCGACGCGGCGACCGAGUACCGCGAGCGCGCUGGCUCCGCGAGAAAAGCUGCCCAGCAAAGACGGGACGGCGCAGAGAAACGCCAAACAGGUCGAGGGACUGAAGGACUAUCAAUUGGGCCAAUGCCUCGGCCGAGGCGCUUUUGGAAGCGUCUAUGCAGCCCUCAACUGGUCCACGGGAGAGACGGUCGCCAUCAAGCAAGUGCGCUUGUCUGAUAUGCCCAAAACGGAACUCAAUGUGAUUAUGCAAGAGAUUGACCUGCUGAAGAAUCUCCAUCAUCCGAACAUCGUCAAGUACCAUGGCUUCGUCAAAUCCACCGACUCGUUGUACAUUAUCCUGGAGUAUUGCGAGCAAGGCAGCUUACACAGCAUUUGCAAGAACUUUGGCAAAUUCCCCGAGAAUCUGGUCGCCCUCUACAUCUCGCAGGUUCUGCAAGGACUCCUCUUCCUUCACGAGCAGGGUGUCAUUCACAGAGAUAUCAAAGGAGCCAACAUUCUCACUACCAAGGAAGGACUCAUCAAGCUUGCUGAUUUUGGUGUUGCUACUAAACAGUCCGGUCUGGCCGAAGGCAGCGUGGUGGGCACUCCAUAUUGGAUGGCACCGGAAGUCAUUGAGCUAUCGGGAGCCACCACCGCGAGUGAUAUAUGGAGUCUGGGAUGCACGGUGAUUGAGUUGCUUGACGGCAAGCCGCCGUACUCCAAGUUUGCGCCGAUGCCCGCCCUAUUUCGCAUCGUCAACGAUGACCACCCACCUUUACCAGAUGGCGCCAGCCCUCUCGUACGAGACUUCCUCAUGCAAUGCUUUCAGAAAGACCCCAACUUGAGAGUCUCCGCCAAGAAGCUGCUCCGGCAUCCCUGGAUCGUAUCAGCGAAGAAAGGGAACAAGGCGAAGCCGACGGAGUACACGGAAGCCGUCAAGAGUGUGCAGGAGUGGAACGAGGCGUUGAAAGCCAGUCCUCCUCCAUCCCAUUCGAAUGGAAGCAGUCGCCGACCAUCCAGCAAGAUCGCAUCUCGCCCGACUUCACGUAGUUCUGCCAAGCCUGGUGUGGCAGGCACGAAGGCGAAACCGGACCAGGCAUCGAAGCCUGCCUUUCGACUGGGCCAGCGGAGGUCACAGGGGCCGGAAGCCUUCCAAUCGCCCUUAGAAAACACCCGACGUGACAAUUGGGAUGACGACUUCGCAUCGCUUGUCGGUGGCAUUGCUGGAUUGCAGCUUCCCCCCCACUUGAAGCCGCAACACGCGGGCAUGUUCAGCUCAGAGAAGCUCAAACAGUAUGCUCAUGUUGAUGCCAUUCCGCAGACAGAUGGCAAAGUCGAAGGCUGGGAUGCCGAGUUCCAGGGCGAGCUCACGAUACGGUCGUCCAUGGAGCUGACGGAUGGGAAUGCGCUGGAGACGGUGCGGCCAUACUACCCGUCUCGCACAACGUCGGAAGAAAUCAAGUAUCAGCCCCCGCAGGGAAUUGCUCCGAAGAGAAGUGGAACGCAUGACAGGCAUGAACGCAAGUCUAGCAAGGACUCGCAGCCCAAGACACAAAUACUCAAGCCUGCUUCGAAGCACAGCGCGAUCCCCAAGCUCAGAAGUACGCCUCCGAAACAGGCGAUCAAGCCUGCACAGCCCACAUCAACCCACCAGGAUCGUUUUCGCGAGGAAGAGGAAGAAGACUAUUCGGAUCUGGUGCCACAUGACGAGGAUGCAUUCCUGAAGAAGCUUGCCGGCUACUCUCCUGGCCGCAACUACAACCCACGCGACCUGAAUAUACAGACGAAGCUGAAUGGCAGCUUGCGACGACGCAGAACUCAUACGCCUACUCAACUCGUUCAUGAUGCUGCCGCCAUGCGUCGGAACAGGUCCAGUCUCGAGAUACAAAAGUACGCCGAGGACGAUGACGAUGAAGACUUCGAUACCGACCUGGUGUUUGACCAGCAACACAUCAGUCUGCAAAGCGCCAAAGAACACACUCAGACCCGCCGCUCGAGCCCCAAGUCUUCUGGCAGUAGCGACGCGAGUGGCACGCUUCGGCUGACCAACUCCAUCUCGUGGGGCGAUGAUGAUGAUGACGAGGAGGAAGAGGACCCGUUUAAAGCGUUGGAAGAAGAGCUGGACGAGGUCGACCUGGAAUCCAACGUUGCCAGGGACAAGCACGCACGUCUCUGUGCUGUGGUCGAGGGUCUUGUCUCUGACCUCAAAGCCGGCCAAUCAGAGGACGUUCUUGCUGAGAUAGUCGAUCAGCUGGUCAUGGUACUGGCAGAAAGUCCGGACGUCAAGAAUGUGAUUGUCAGCAGCCACGGCAUGCUUCCGAUACUGGAGAUUCUCUCCGAGACCACGAGAUCGUACAUUGUGCUGCGCCUGCUUCGGAUCGUCAACGUCAUCCUUUCGGAUAACAUCGAAGUCCAGGAGAACUUGUGCUUCGUAGGCGGUAUACCCAUCAUAUCUUCAUUCGCGUCCAAGAAGUAUGCCACCGAGAUUCGACUCGAGGCAGCAAAUUUUGUACGAAUGAUGUACCAGAACACAGGUCUGACGCUGCAGAUGUUCAUCUCUUGUGGUGGACUCCAUGUCCUCGUGGAGUUUUUGGAAGAAGACUACGACAGUGAGGCCGGCCGCGAGCUGGUCCUCGUUGGCGUAAAUGGAAUAUGGUCAGUUUUCGAGUUGCAAGGACCCACCCCUAAGAAUGACUUCUGCCGCAUCUUCUCUCGAAGUGCUGUCUUGUAUCCACUCUCUUUGGUAUUGAACCGGGUGCUAGAUGAGGACGACCGAGAGCUAGCCGACAUUGUGGAAGGACGCGUGGUCAACAUCUUUUUGCUGUUCAGCCAAGCCGAGAACCAUGUGAAAGAAUUGAUCGCCGACCGUAUGGUACUGAAGCGGGUGCUGAAAGAUCUCCGGCGAUUACGACCUGCGAAUCAGGUCGUCAUGCUCAAGUUCAUCAAGAAUCUGAGCAUGCUGUCGACCACCCUGGACGCAUUGCAGAACAGCAACGCGAUCGAGGUGCUUACCGAUCUGCUUGGCUCGAGCAUGCCAUCGCACAGCCGCACGACAGCGAGCGCUCAACAUUUUCGCGACAUCUCAAACCAAAUCUUGGCAACCAUGUACAACUUGUGUCGCCUCAGCACAGGCAGACAGGAAGAUGCGGCACUGUCAGGCAUUGUGCCACUCCUCCAAAAGAUCGUCAAGACCGAGCGUCCGCUGAAGGAGUUCGCAUUGCCUAUCAUUUGCGACAUGGCCCACUCCGGCAAAGUGGGCCGCAAGAUUCUGUGGCAGAACAAAGGCCUGCAGUUCUACGUGUCUCUCCUCGCCGACCAGUAUUGGGCUGUCACGGCAUUGGACGCAGUCUUCAUCUGGUUGCAAGAAGAAACGGCAAAGGUGGAGGAACAUUUGCUUGACCAGUCCUUCCGAUUCGACGAUGCGCUUGUGCAGUGCUUUAACGAGAGCAAGGCAGAUGCCUUUGAGAAUUUACUUGAGCCUCUGCAGAAAGUGCUUCGGUUGAGUCCUGCGAUUGCUGCUAGCCUGGCCAAUCGAAGUCUUUUCGAACGAGCGGCGGUCAAGAUGCAUUCCAAGAAAGCCCUGGUGCGCCUCAACUUGCUGCGUGUCAUUCGCAGCAUCUGUGAUGCUUGUGAAGGGCAAGGCAUGAUUGAGCACGGUUCCAUGGGCGAUGGUGGCUCGCUCCUACGGCGCUACAACUUACUGGAACCCGUGAAAGAACUCGCUCGUCACGAUCCUGCCAUUCUAGUGCGCGAAAUGGCCAAUGAUCUUGUAAAGAGCAGCGAAGUGGCAGACGGACGGCCAGUCCCAACGCCUUCACGGCCAGGUGGCGGCUAUGCCAUGUCGCGACGUAGUUCAAGUAGCGUGAGCAUAAUGACUCCGCCCAUUCCCAUCGUGUCGCAAAGUCCUUCUGGGAAUUUUUCGAAUCCUCUCAGUGCUGGGCCGAUCGUUGGCAGCAGGGGUAGCUACUUCGAACUGAUGCCGCCAACGCUCGAUCGGCGGCCGAGCGCGAUGAGCGUCAACAGACCGAUGAGCCGGGAUAGCAGUACUGGCUCUUCAUCCUCGUUGGCCUCGUUGAAUGCUUUGGCGGUCCUUCCCGUGGGCUCCUCUAGUUCGAGAAGCUCUAGUAGAGUGCCGCCACCGCAUCACGAGCGAAGCAACAUCGGCAGCUAUCAAAGACCGCCGAGUCGAAGUAGCCGGAUGAGCCUCAUGCCCGAUCAUGGAAGAUUACUGUCGCCUGGGCAUGCCGUGAGUGGCGAUUUACAAAUCACGCCUACACACGCACCUACAGGGACGCGAAGUGCGCACGCCGCGCAUCAACGUCCUGUAAGAAGAAGGGGGACCGGCACUGGCAGUGUUGAUCUCGGCACUCGAGGACGAUAGUUGAUGUCUCCGCCGCCACCCAGCACGCCUGAAGAGCACCCAUUGGAAGUCGCAGCGUUUGAUAGCAGCUGGCAUCGCUCUCCAGAAUGAGAGAAUACUAAUCGCAGAGAAACAUUUCAUAUGUGAACCCUACCAAAUUCAGCAUGGCGUUUGGAGAGACGGUAACAAGUCCCUGGAGGAUCUUGCUUUCCUUGCAUUUGAGCGUAGCGUGUACAAGGCAACGACAGAACAGCCACAUCUUGGGGUUUCUUUGUAUACGAGCAGAUUUCAAGAGGAUCUCGCAUAGCGAAGGCGUUAUUGAACAUGAUGAAAACCUGUGUGUGAACAGAGCGGAAAAGAGAACAGUCUGCUAGUCUAGUUUUAGUGGUAAAUUUUCCAAAUCGAG